AUGGAUGUAUCUGAUGUUUCAAAGGAUGCUAACCUGCUGUUUGGCAUUCUUGAUAACAUGGUUAAGGAGGUGGAAGAGGAAAAUGUUAUACGAGUUAUCAUAGAUAACGCCUAUGACUAUGUUAAAGCGGGAAAGAUAUUGGAAGCCAAAAGACCACACCUCUACUGGACUCCAUGUUUGGCGCAUUGUAUUGAUCCUAUGUUAGAGGACAUUGACAAGAAAAACACCAAGGUGAAAAGUGAUUUGAAGAGACGUAUAUUGGCAAAUGGGUACAUAUAUACCCAUGUUCCUGUUGUAAACAUGAUGAGGAACUUUACCAUGCAUAUAAACUUGCAUAGACCUGCUAUUACCCGGUUUGCAACAUCAUUCAUCAGUUUGUCUCAAUUUCAUAAGCAAAAAGACAAUUUAAGAAAAUUGGUUUUAUCAAAAGAAUGGGAAAAAAGCAAGUGGGUUAAGGCUAAUGACCCAAAAACAAACAAGAUUAAAGGCUAUUUUAUAUCAGACUCAUUUUGGAGAAAUAUUCUCUAUUCUCUUAAGUUGAAUGGACCACUUGUUAAGGUCCUUAGAAUGGUAGACGGGAAAAAAAAGCCAACUAUGGGUUACAUUUAUGAGGCGAUGGAUCGAGCCAAGGAGACUAUUCAGAAAUCAUUUAUAAAAAAAGAGUAG